AAAAAAACGUCAGGUGUCUAUGGUAGUUUAGUUUCUGCGAAUGUCAUUUGAACCUAUUCUAUAGUCUCUGUGGUAGUGUAAAAAUGGCGACUCUACUUCCCCGUCCUCUUGGUCUUGCCCAAACUAUUUUCCUGAAAAAUGGAAGCAAGUUGCUGGUAGCGGCAACUGCGAACCAUCCAGGAAAACAACAAGUCCGCAAUUUGAAUGUCCAUGAAUAUAUUAGCUACACCCUCCUGCGAGACCAUGGCAUCCCCGUACCUAAGUUUAAUGUGGCUACCACCCCUGAAGAAGCUGUUAAGUUUGCCAAAGAACUUAACACGCAAGACAUUGUACUCAAAGCACAGGUACUUGCUGGAGGCAGGGGACGAGGUGCUUUCAAAAGUGGCCUACAGGGUGGUGUGAAAAUGGUUGACACACCCGAAGUCGCCGGCCAGAUCGCGAGUAAGAUGCUUAAGCAGUACUUGGUGACGAAACAGACGGGCGCGGCGGGACGCAUCUGCAAUAAGGUCAUGGUGACCGAGCGGAAGUUCCCCCGCAGAGAAUUCUACAUUGCCAUCAUGAUGGAGCGCAGCUUUAACGGUCCAGUAAUAAUAGCAUCCUCCCAAGGAGGUGUGAACAUCGAGGAUGUCGCGGCAACCAACCCCGACGCUAUCACUUAUGAGCCUAUCGAUAUCAUCAAGGGAAUCCAGGACGAUCAAAUAGCGCGUGUUAUGAAAAAGAUCGGCCUUGACACAAAGGACGCCCAUGAUAUGGUUAAGAGGAUGUAUGACCUUUUCAUCAAGAAAGACGCUCUUCUGAUUGAGGUGAACCCUUACGCGGAAGAUGCACUUAGCGGCAAAUUCUUCUGUUUGGAUGCCAAGUUUCGAUUCGACGAUAACGCGGAGUACAGGCAAAAGGAACUGUUUGCUUUAAGAGAUGUCACUCAGGAAGAUCCUAAGGAAAUCAGGGCUGCCAAGUUUGACUUGAACUACAUUGCUCUUGAUGGAACUAUUGGGUGCAUGGUGAAUGGCGCGGGUUUAGCUAUGGCUACCAUGGAUAUUAUCAAUUUGCACGGAGGCGACCCCGCUAACUUCCUCGACGUCGGUGGUGGCGCUACUGCAGCUGCUGUGUCGGAAGCGUUCAGUAUCAUCUUAGAAGACCCCAAGGUGUCCGCUAUUUUGGUGAACAUUUUCGGAGGAAUCAUGAGGUGCGAUGUCAUUGCAGAGGGUAUUGUAACUGCAGCCAAGAAUCUUAACAUUCAGAUCCCAGUCAUUGUUCGUCUUCAGGGUACAAGAGUAGAAGAAGCGAAGAAACUGAUAGCAGAGUCAGGUCUCCGCCUGGUGCCACGUGACAACCUCGAUGAGGCUGCGCAGCUCGUAGUACAGCUCUCCGAGAUCGUGUCCCUCGCCAAAAAAGCCGGAGUCGAGGUGAAAUUCGACAUCCCUAAAUACAUUAAGUAAAACUUAGCAGUAUUUUCGUAAAUCUAUACCAUCACUAUCUAAUUGGUCAUCAUUGUUGUCUAACGUAAUCGUUCUUUAAGUAUUUUUGCUUCGAAUUUAAAAUACUUGCACAUGUGAAUAUAAGGAAUGUAUAUCGCUCACUGUCGAAUGUACUUGUGAUAUGCGAUAUCAUUCUACGUUUCAAUAAUAGAGUCGCCACGCUCUUAUGGUUUAAAUGAGCAGGGACGCUGUUGUAUCUAAGAGGAUUCAAAAUUUGUACAUUCAUAACUUUCUAGGUAAAAAUGUAUAUUUAUGGCUACAUUAAAUCAAUUCUUCUUUUUCAUCUACCUAGUCUGUGUACAUUUGAAUACCUUGAGUUAAGAUCAAGAGCGUCACUGCUUCAAUAGAAAAUAGUGUCGCGACCGGCCCUGGUAAGGCUGCGUAAAGUCAUAUUUGGACUAAAACAUCUGUUUGGACAAAUCACAAAUUCACAAAAUUCUUCUCCCAAUAAAUAGAAAGACUUCUGUUGAAAUGGCAGCAAAGAUUUAAUCUAAAUUAUGCCAUUGCACAGAACACUUGUUUGGUCCUUUUGCUGUAUUUAUAAAGUACUUGUAGUCUAGCUAUUCCAUAUACUAUAUUAUCGAUAAGCGUUAUUGUUAUAUUACUACAUAUACGAGAAUAUGCUGAAGUAAUUUGUGAUAUCUACAUGUGAACUAUUUAGCACUUUAGCCUCUGAGUUACCCUAUCAAACAAUUCCUAAUGCUAUUUGAUCGAAUAUGUUACGGUAGAUUGCAGUUAGAACUGGUUGCAUCAGAGCCGAUUAGAUUUAUAAUGUAGUUCAUUAUUUAUUUAUUGAAACACAUUUUAGUAUAAGUAAAAUUAUUAGAUGAUACAUGCUUAGUUCGAAUUAUUGUUAUAACAUUGAUGUUGUAGAAGUGUCAAAUGCUUCAAAUUGUUAUAAAAUUGUAAUUUGCUAUGUCAUCAUGAGCAUUAAUCGAUCGAGAUCGAGUGAAAGUAUUUCAAUUACCUAAACAUUAAUUUAUGAACAUUUUAUUUCAUAAAAGUAUGUAUUGUUAUUUUUUAAGUACACCUGCAUUGUUAGAGGUGAAAGUUGAGACGUGUAACGACGCAAUAAUUAGUAUUUUGUACAUUAUGUACUCUAUGUAUGUUUAUUUGUAAAUAGGAUCUUUUUUUUAUUUGCCACGAUAAGAACCUCCUAAUAGGUUUUUAUCGAACUUUAAAGUACAAUACAUAAAUGGUAUCAACAGUUGAAUCCAAGUAUGCAUAUUAGUGUAUUACAGUAUAAUAUUUAUUUUUGGCUUCUUUUGAAGAUAAACUUAUUUAAAUAAAAUUUAUUUUAGAUCUG